AUGAGGCUCCUUCUUUCCUCGUUGAUUGCUUUAUGCAUUACAGCAUGGGCUGCACCGGUCCUCCAGGGCACGUCUGAGCUCGCAGUCCGCGACUUUUGGCCGCGUGCGCCACAUGACAUAGACCUGACACUUGACGGUCAGAAGUACAAGGUGCGGAAGAACGAAUUGCAAGGCGUGCACGGCGUCGUCUAUCAAGUCGUCGAGGGCAAAUUUAAGGGCGGCUAUGCAAAGACGAAGAUUUCGGACGACGAAAUCCAUGCGACUUCCGACGUCGGCGCUCUGUGGAAGUUCGGUUUCGACGAACACCACGAGAAGUGGAUCAUCGUGAAGCCAUCCCCAGGCAAACGGCUCGAUCAAACGGCCGCGUAUGCGCAUGUGCGACACAACACGCAGCAAUGUUGGGCGCUGCUGGACCGCGUCGUCGACGUCGCGACGGACGCAAUCAUGGAGACUUACCACCGCACUCACUGGCUUCACCAAGACCCCGUUUUGGGGAACGUCCUCUUCGACGACCAGGCCUCCAAAGCGUAUCUCAUCGACUGGGGAACUGCGUCGAGACCGCCUAGCGUGAACCGUGCUACUGUCAGACUAGCUGUGUCAGACAUGGUGUUGGGCUCUGGUCUUUGCGGUGCGCGGCCUGCGGGAAUGCGUCCGGGCCACCCUGUGUCGGGGCGGCCGCACGUAGAACACGUCCCCGCUCACCCGGGCCACUCUCCUCCUGCGCCGGGGCGGCCGCGCGUAGAACACAUCCCCGCUCACCCGGGCCGGUGGCACCCUGCGCCGGCGCGGCCGCACGUAGAAUACGUCCCCGCGCGCAGCCAUUAGGGACGUUCAAAGUUGCGGGGGCUCUGGAGCUCGCUCUCCGGGAAUGCCGUCAGCCGCGCGACCGUUGUGGUCUCGCCAGAAAGUUCAGCCACAGUGUGCUUAUGCCAUGUCACAGUGUGCGGCGGCGCGAGUACUACAAGGCCUAUUGGACAUUUAGGUUGGAUAUUCAAAUAUUCACUGCACUUGGGCACUUUGCAGUAGUCUUGGAUGGAGGCGAUUUCACGGUCUGGCACUUAUACCCUUCCGACGUCACUGCACGAGGUUCUGAGGACGACGGUUUAGGGCUUCGACGACGCACUUACCCAACUAUUAGGCAGUACAGCUUUGGUAUAGCUCGUCCAACCCCGACUGCGCUACUAGUAGCGGCGAGAGCAACAUGU